GCAGGUGGAUGAACAUGUAAUGGAGUUGCAGCAUCAGUCGCUGACCAAGGAAUUACUGGGGAAGUUGGUGGUAGAGGGAGGCUAUUGACAUGUCACAGGAAGAUGCUCAAAAAUGUAGAGCACAUGGAGAAGAUCUCUAUGCUGGCUUUCCAUCCAGUUAAGAUGCACAGCUGCUAUGAGAAGGUGGUGAACCUGAGCCUUGAGGGUCUGCAGCAACAGUUUAACGUGAGCAGCCCGUCAGUGUUUGUCCAAAGGGCCCAGAUCCCCAUGAGAGAGAUGUUUGAGCAGAUCCUUCAUCAGAGUCUCGAGUCUCAGGGUACAGAGGAGCUGUGUAAGAUCAUCCAGCACUGCCAGGACAGAGUCAUUAAGCACAUGGAGAAGAUCUCCAUGCUGGCUUUCCAUCCAGUUAAGAUGCACAGCUGCUAUGAGAAGGUGGUGAACCUGAGCCUUGAGGGUCUGCAGCAACAGUUUAACGUGAGCAGCCCGUCAGUGUUUGUCCAAAGGGCCCAGAUCCCCAUGAGAGAGAUGUUUGAGCAGAUCCUUCAUCAGAGUCUCGAGUCUCAGGGUACAGAGGAGCUGUGUAAGAUCAUCCAGCACUGCCAGGACAGAGUCAUUAAGGAAUGUUGUCGUGACCUAUGGCCUUUGUGGACCAAGUGAGGGUGGACCAUGGAGGAGAAUUUUAUCUCUCACCGUAUGUGCAAGAAAAACUGUCAGGAUACACAGAGACAGCAUUAACAAGGGUAUUUAAAAGUGUUUCUAAACAUUAUUUCUCUCAACACCAUAUGUGAUGUGUGUGUGGGUAUGUAUUUUUCAGUACUUGGACAGUGGAGUGUCUGGGUGGUUGUGUAUAUAGCUCCUGUGUGUCUAUAUCGAUACAUGUUACUAGAUUAUAUCAGACAGUGGUCAUGAAAUUAUUUGCC